AUUUCAGUCUUCGCGAGCUCCGUUCUCCCGUUGCCCUUCGAGACGCAUGGAGAAGAUGGCCAGACCGCUUCCUAUAAACCCAACUUUCCUGCCGCCGACGCACUGCGUGCUGAAAUCCCUGCUGGAAAACCCGCUGAAGCUGCCUUUCCAUCACGAUGAAGGAUUUGGGAAAGACAAGGAGAAAGAAAAGAAGCUGGACGAUGAGAGCAGCGCGGCCAGCCACCCACAGUCGGCCUUCCUGGGCCCGACCCUCUGGGACAAGACCCUGCCCUACGAUGGGGACAACUUUCAGCUGGAGUACAUGGAUCUGGAGGAGUUCCUGUCAGAGAACGGCAUUCCCGCCAACACAGCCCAGAGCGACCAGGCUCAGCAGGCGGCUCAGCCACCGCAGGCCCCUCUCCAGCAGGCCCCGCCGCCGACCCCGCCCACGCCCUCUGUGGUGGACCUCAGCAGCCGCGCCACCACCUCGGUGCACACGGGCAUGGCGCCUCAGACCUGCCUCCGCAGCCCCAGCACAGCAGCGCUGCCCUCAGCCCGUGACACCCCGAGCCCCAUCGACCCAGAGUCCAUUCAGGUGCCCGUGACCUACGACCCCGACCCGGCGGACCUAGCUCUGUCCAGCGUGCCCGGCCAGGAAAUCUUCGACCCCAGGAAGCGCAAAUUCUCCGCCGAGGAGCUGAAGCCGCAGCCCAUGAUCAAAAAAGCCCGGAAGGUCUUCAUCCCCGAGGACCUGAAGGACGACAAGUACUGGGCCCGGCGCAGAAAGAACAACGUGGCGGCCAAGCGGUCCCGGGACGCCCGGCGGCUGAAGGAGAACCAGAUCGCCAUCCGGGCCGGCUUCCUGGAGAAGGAGAACGCCGCUCUCCGCAUGGAGGUAGCAGACUUGAGGAAGGAGCUGGGCCGCUGCAAGAACAUUCUGGCUAAAUACGAGGCCCGACACGGGCCCCUGUGAGCCCCCGAAUCCUCCAACCACCACCACCAAC